AUGGUCGACGUGUCGGCCGAGCAGCGCGACGUGUCGGCCGAGCAGCGCGACGUGUCGCUGCCGCAGCAGCGAGGCGUAGCAGUGAGGGUCACUGACCACUAUGCAGUCGACGUGUCGGCCGAGCAGCGCGACGUGUCGCUGCCGCAGCAGCGAGGCGUAGCAGUGAGGGUCACUGACCACUAUGCAGUCGACGUGUCGGCCGAGCAGCGCGACGUGUCGCUGCCGCAGCAGCGAGGCGUAGCAGUGAGGGUCACUGACCACUAUGCAGUCGACGUGUCGGCCGAGCAGCGCGACGUGUCGCUGCCGCAGCAGCGAGGCGUAGCAGUGAGGGUCACUGACCACUAUGCAGUCGACGUGUCGGCCGAGCAGCGCGACGUGUCGCUGCCGCAGCAGCGAGGCGUAGCAGUGAGGGUCACUGACCACUAUGCAGUCGACGUGUCGGCCGAGCAGCGCGACGUGUCGCUGCCGCAGCAGCGAGGCGUAGCAGUGAGGGUCACUGACCACUAUGCAGUCGACGUGUCGGCCGAGCAGCGCGACGUGUCGCUGCCGCAGCAGCGAGGCGUAGCAGUGAGGGUCACUGACCACUAUGCAGUCGACGUGUCGGCCGAGCAGCGCGACGUGUCGCUGCCGCAGCAGCGAGGCGUAGCAGUGAGGGUCACUGACCACUAUGCAGUGAGUACAUUACCAGCGCGCACAGGUCGACGUGUCGGCCGAGCAGCGCGACGUGUCGCUGCCGCAGCAGCGAGGCGUAGCAGUGAGGGUCACUGA